AACCAAUUUCUAAGCUGUUAUAACAAAAAAGUGUUUGCUUUUUUUCACAAGUAACUUUAAAAGUGUAGUUUAGAAAGAAAACAUUUUCAAUAAAAAGACACUACAUUAAUCCUGGAUGCUUGCAAAUCCUAAAAUAUAUUCCUCCUUUAGUAUUACACAGCUCUGUGUCAUAUACACAGCUUACCUUUAAAAUUUGUCACAUACCACUUUGCCUUUACUUUUAUGUAUCAUUCCCCUGACUUCCUUACUGCAGGUGUGGGCAAGAAAACUUUUCCUUUAAAACUUUUCAACAGCGGGCAUAAAAUUCUGCAGCUGAGGUCUUGAAGAAUGCAGAUGGGAGACGAAACCAGACAGAGGGUCAAGUUUACAGAUGACCGUGUCUGCAAGAGUCACCUUCUGGACUGCUGCCCUCAUGACAUCUUGGCUGGGACGCGCAUGGAUUUAGGAGAAUGUACCAAAAUCCACGACUUGGCCCUCCGAGCAGAUUAUGAGAUUGCGAGUAAAGAAAGAGACCUGUUUUUUGAAUUGGAUGCAAUGGAUCACUUGGAGUCCUUUAUCGCAGAAUGUGAUCGGAGAACCGAGCUUGCCAAGAAACGGCUGGCGGAAACACAGGAGGAGAUCAGUGCGGAAGUUUCUGCAAAGGCAGAAAAAGUACAUGAAUUGAACGAAGAAAUAGGAAAACUCCUUGCUAAAGCUGAGCAGCUAGGGGCUGAAGGAAAUGUGGAUGAGUCCCAGAAGAUUCUUAUGGAAGUGGAGAAAGUUCGUGCAAAGAAAAAAGAAGCAGAGGAAGAAUACAGAAAUUCCAUGCCUGCAUCCAGUUUCCAGCAGCAAAAACUGCGUGUCUGUGAGGUCUGUUCGGCCUACCUUGGUCUCCAUGACAACGACCGUCGUCUGGCAGACCACUUCGGGGGCAAGUUACACUUGGGGUUCAUUCAGAUCCGAGAGAAGCUCGAUCAGUUGAGGAAAACUGUGGCUGAAAAGCAGGAGAAGAGAAACCAGGAUCGCUUGAGGCGGAGAGAGGAGAGGGAGCGGGAGGAGCGGCUGAGCAGGAGGUCUGGAUCAAGAACCAGAGAUCGCAGGAGGUCACGCUCCCGGGACCGGCGUCGGAGGCGGUCAAGGUCUGCAUCCCGGGAGCGACGGAAGUCUUCCCGUUCCCGGUCCCGAGACCGACACCGGCGCCACCGCAGCCGUUCCCGGAGCCACAGCCGGGGACACCGCCGGGCUUCCCGGGACCGGAGUGCGAAAUACAAGUUCUCCAGAGAGCGGGCAGCAAGAGAGGAGUCCUGGGAGUGUGGGCGGAGCGAGCGGGGGUCCGCUGACUGGAGGCUGGAGAGCUCCAACGGGAAGGCGGCUUCACGGAAGUCAGAGGAGAAGGAGGCCGGCGAGAUCUGAACCCACACCUGGGCUUUGUAAAUAGUCUGGCAGAUCUUCAACACAGCCUGAAAUUACCCUUUAUAUUUGCUGAAAACAACUCAUCUUUUGUAGUUUAAAAUUUCUAUUGUUUUGGAGCUAGCUGUGAGUUUCUAGGGUUGUACAGCGUUGCUCCUGUGUUCUGGGGUUGUGUUGGGUGGGAAUAAAUAAAUCUGACAGACUGCCUCCUGA